AAAAAAAACAGCAGUCAAUCGAUUAAUUAAUUCGUAGUUUGAAUAUAAAAGACUUUUUUAACUAAUUUGAUAGUAGUUUAUUUAUUUAAAAUGGGAAGAAAAAAGAAGAAGGCUCAAAAACCAUGGUGCUGGUAUUGUAAUCGAGAAUUUGAUGACGAGAAAAUCCUUGUACAGCAUCAAAAAGCUAAGCAUUUCAAGUGUCACAUUUGUCAUAAGAAACUUUAUACCGCGCCUGGAUUGUCAAUUCAUUGUAUGCAGGUACAUAAAGAGCAGAUAGAUAAAGUUCCAAAUUCACUACCGAAUCGGUCAAACAUUGAAAUUGAGAUUUAUGGUAUGGAAGGAAUCCCAGCAGAAGACUUAAAGAACCAUGAAAGACAGAAAAAUGGAAAUAAAUCUGAUUCAGAUGAUGAUGAGCCGACAAAUAAGAAGCAUAAACUGGAUCCACAAAUUACUAUGGCUCAAGGCAUGCCACCUCAAAUGAUGAUGCCCAAUAUGGUACCUAAUAUGGCUCAAUUUCCUCCCAUGAUGAUGCCUCACGGCUUCCAAAUGAUGCCAGGAAUACAGUUAAUGCCUCACAUGAUGGGUCACAGGCCGCUAUUUCCCGCUGCAGCUGUACAAUCACCAGCUAUGAAUCAACAGAAACCAACUUUCCCUGCAUAUAGUAACGCGACAAUUAGUGCACCUCCAAAAACAAAUACUGGAAACUCGACAAGUUCAAAUUCAACAGAUACUCAGAAACCUCCAACGAUUCCGCAACAGAAUACAGGAACAGCAUCAAAAAUAAUGCAUCCAACAAAUGAUUUAAGUCUUGAGGAGCUUAAAGCGAAGAGACCGCAAUAUAAAGUAAUUAAGGCUUCAACCAUAUCACCUCAAAUAUCUGCUUCCAUAACACAGACAAGUACUAAUUCGUCUUAUAGUAAUAACAAGCAUAAUGAGUCGAAAGCACUAGCUGCUGCACAUGAGCAUGCUGCUAUGAUGGCUCAAGCAGCCAAUCAACAAAAGCAAAUUGAUGAUAUUAAUCGUGCUGCAAUGUUUAGUAGAUUUCAAUCUGCUGCUCGACCAACUGUACAACAACAAAUGGGAAUGAUACCCGGAAUGCCACAUCAACAAUUAUUGCUUCCACCAAUGAUGCGUCAAGCAAUGCCAGGACAUCAUCCACAGCUAAUGAUGAUGGCACAGCGUCCAGUUUUACAGCCAGGAGGUUUCAUACAGGCAGGGCAAUUUAUACCACAUGGAAUACAGGGAAUGCCAUUAAUGCCAAUGAUGCCAAUGCUUCCGCCUCGUUUUCGGUGAUUUCCUUCAUUUCAAAUGAUCAGACAUCCGAUACUAAUGGCAAGAUCAGCAGCAGCAUCAAAUGGAACAUUGUUAACAAGAAACGUAGUGAAAAUGAAACAGCUACCAAUCAUCUAUCCGUAAUUACAAAACAGAAUUUUUUUAUUACUAUUAUUAGAUUCAUAAUAACGCUAAUUAAUUGUGUUUAUUGAAUGUUAUUAUAUGAAUUGAUGGAAAAUUUAAGAAAAAGAAGAAAAAAAAAAUAACAGUGAAAUUAAUGAAAAGACCUUACUGGUUAGAUGAAAGGGAUAUUUUAUAAAUUUUAAAGGCUUGUACAUUUUAUUUUAUAUUUUCUAAUGUUUUUUUGAGUUUACUGAUAUUGAAAGUUAUAGUUUUAAAAAAACUGAAAGAAACUACAACAAUAUAAUAAUUUAUUGUAUGAAUAUUAAUGUCUUAGAUUUUUCAUCAUUAUUAUCAUCACAUAAAACUUUCUAUCAUUUAGAUUUAUUGAAUUUUACUCUCUUAACACUUCUUAUUUAUUUUGGUGAUGGGAAGGUUAUUAAUGGUUGGCGUAUCUAGUUGUGCACGCAAUGUUAAGCAUGGAAAUGUUGAAUUUCCUAGAACAGCAUUCGAAUUACUAUUGCAAAUGAUUUUACUAAUAUUGAUGUUCUGUCAAUUUUAUAGGAAUGAUUUUACUCUUAUAAGCAAUGAGCACAGAACUUGACUAGUGAACGUAACUGAAUAAUUUUUGAACAGUUCUACAAGAAGUUCUUAAAAGGUUUCUAAAUUCAUCUGUUCUGCAAUUCAGGCGGAAUAAUUGAAAUAUUAUAGAAUUAGAAUUGAAUUCUUAGAAGUAGAUAUAAAGACUUCUUUAUCAUAUGUGCCCCA